AUGUCUCAUAGGUUUUCUUGUGUUCCAGUAGUACCGUGAACAGGAAGCCAUUCGCCUUUGCCUAAAGCAUUUCCGUCAGCACAACUACACCGAAGCUUUUGAGUCUCUGCAGAAGAAAACCAAGAUUGCGCUGGAGCACCCGAUGUUGACAGACCUGCAUGACAAGCUGGUGUUGAAGGGAGACUUCGAUGCUUGUGAAGAACUGAUAGAAAAAGCUGUGAAUGAUGGCUUAUUCAAUCAGUAUAUCAGUCAACAGGAAUACAAACCUCGCUGGGGACAGAUUAUCCCCAAAAGCACCAAAGGUGAUGGGGAAGACAGCCGACCAGGGAUGAGAGGAGGCCAUCAGAUGGUUAUAGAUGUUCAGACCGAAACCGUUUAUUUGUUUGGUGGCUGGGAUGGAACUCAAGACCUGGCUGAUUUUUGGGCAUACAGCGUGAAGGAAAACCAGUGGACUUGUAUAUCCAGAGAUACCGAGAAAGAGAGUGGUCCCAGUGCCAGAUCUUGUCACAAAAUGUGCAUCGACAUUCAGCGAAGGCAGAUCUACACGCUGGGACGCUACCUGGAUUCCUCCGUGAGGAACAGCAAGUCCCUGAAAAGUGACUUCUAUCGCUACGAUAUCGAUACGAACACAUGGAUGCUACUAAGUGAAGACACUGCAGCGGAUGGAGGUCCAAAGCUGGUGUUUGAUCAUCAGAUGUGCAUGGAUUCUGAAAAACACAUGAUAUAUACCUUUGGAGGCAGAAUUCUGACCUGCAACGGCAGCGUUGAUGACAGCAGAGCCAGUGAACCGCAGUUCAGCGGGCUGUUUGCUUUUGACUGCCAGUGUCAGACAUGGAAGCUUUUGAGAGAGGAUUCCUGUAACGCUGGACCUGAGGAUAUCCAGUCUCGAAUAGGACACUGUAUGUUGUUCCAUUCUAAAAAUCGCUGCCUAUAUGUAUUUGGUGGCCAGAGGUCGAAGACUUAUUUGAAUGACUUCUUCAGUUAUGAUGUAGACAGCGACCACGUGGAUAUCAUAUCAGAUGGUACUAAGAAGGAUUCGGGGAUGGUUCCAAUGACAGGUUUCACUCAAAGGGCUACCAUUGAUCCAGAACUGAAUGAAAUCCAUGUCUUGUCAGGGCUCAGUAAAGACAAAGAGAAGCGGGAAGAGAAUGUAAGGAAUUCUUUCUGGAUUUAUGACAUUGUGAGGAACAGCUGGUCUUGUGUCUAUAAAAAUGACCAAGCUGCCAAAGAGAAUCCAGGUAAAAGCCUUCAGGAGGAGGAGCCCUGCCCAAGGUUUGCCCAUCAACUGGUGUACGACGAGUUGCACAAGGUUCAUUACUUGUUUGGAGGGAAUCCCGGCAAGUCCUGCUCUCCAAAGAUGAGAUUAGAUGACUUCUGGUCUCUGAAGCUCUGUCGACCUUCAAAGGAAUACCUGCUAAGACACUGCAAAUACCUCAUAAGGAAGCACAGGUUUGAAGAGAAAGCUCAGACUGAUCCUCUCAGUGCACUGAAGUACCUACAGAAUGAUUUGUACGUAACUGUGGAUCACUCAGACCCUGAGGAGACAAAAGAGUUUCAGCUUCUUGCCUCAGCGUUAUUUAAGUCUGGCUCGGAUUUCACCACUCUUGGAUUUUCAGACGUCGACCACACUUACGCGCAGAGAACUCAGCUGUUUGAUACACUAGUCAACUUCUUUCCGGACAACAUGACCCCUCCGAAAGGCAACCUGGUAGACCUCAUCACGCUGUAACGGAGCAAUCACUGGACACGUGGAAGAGGGGAAAAGCAUCCAUUUUCAGUAUUUUAAUUUUUUUACUGCAUUGAUUGACUGCUGGGAUGAAGUAAUAUAGUAACCCCUAGGUGUUUGAGAGGGGUUUUAUACUUGUAUGGUGAAUCCCUGAAGCUUUUCCCUUGGAGUAGGUUAAUAAAAAUGUAACUGACAUACUUCUGACUAAAUACAUAUAUUUUUUCUGACUUUGAAUUUUUGAGUUAGCAAAUGUAAGGAGAAAAGAGGGGGGAAGAGAAGAAAAUAAAACCCCAUCACGCGGUGAUUGUUUCUGCCUGUCGGGAAAAAUUGAGAUUCAUGGGCUGUCUGGAAUUAAAGAUGAUGGGUUUUAUUUUGGGUUUCAUGGGAGAGGGGGUGGCGGUUCUUUGCUCAUGUAGCUAGCCAUGAUAUAUUGUUUUGUCCUACAACUUCAUUCUCAGCAGCUGAAUAACUUGGCAGCAGGACACUGGCGUGUGUUGAGGUAAUAGUAAUGUAUGUGUCUCGAGUCUUGUAAUCGCAGCGUGUCAUGUGAAGGGAGCAUGUGUUACAAAUUGUCUGUCUCCUUGUCUGAGAUCCUGGCUGGCAGCAAUGUCAAAUUGCAUUUGAUAUCAGUUUCAAACCUAAAUACCUAAAUGCCUAGCUUCCAUUCUCUGGAGCCUUCCACUUAGACCUGACAGACAAGUGGGAGCUCUGGAGAAACUGUCAGAAAACGGGAGUGCUGGGGUUGUCUGCACAGGCUCCGUUUCAGGGAUCGCUCUGUUCUUGCUGCCGCGCUCUCCUGCUGAGAAACUUUGCAGGUCCUCACAGAGCUCUGCAGAACUGGGUCUUCCACGCGCACACCCAACCUCUGCAACCCGACCCUGGGUUGGGUGUAGGAUUUCUGAAGCAGAUUGUCUUCGUUUACAUCCACCUUAUGCUUCUGUGUGCAUUUGUCAAUGUGUAAAUGUAAAGAGGUUUGCUCCAAACAGCUUGUCUCCUCUCUGUGUAGUGCAGCUUACUUUUAAUCGCAUUUUAGACCUCAGUCUGAGCGUGAGGGAGGCCUUUCUAGCAUAAACCUCUUCAAAAUCAAGCUGAUGCAUAUGUAUAGAAAAUAUAUUCUUCCUUGCUGAAAGCCUUCUUUAUAAAUAAGGUAAGGGCUCGGUGCUGCACUGUGAAGUGGAACGAAGGACGCGCGUACCCAGCAUUAGCAACUUCUUGCAUUCAGUGUCAGUAAGCAUUCAGUACAAACUGGCUGAUGUAAAUAUUUGUGUGACUGCAAAGCUUUAUGUCCAGAAAUGUUCAUGCCGGUAGGGUAUCAUUGCUGCACUCACUAUGGCUACACGGCUCCUGUUGAACUUGAUGGAAGUCUUGUGUGUGCAAAGACGAUUUGGACUCUUGAAAUAAAGAGUUAGUGAAGUGUCUUUUUCAGAGCU